GGCGGUCGAAGCUGAGCAUAGAGAUCAUUGGUCUUUGGUGAGUCCCUUCUCGUUCACUGAAAGUACUGCGCUUUUGUCUGAUCUUUUCUGGGUCCACUGCAAUUAUGCUUGGUUCUAAUUCUUGUCAAAGAUUGCAAUUACUGCUUCCAAGCUGUAGAAAUGUUGGCGGUUCAUUGACCCAUUUGCAUUUCCUUCAAAAAGAACCUAUUUUUUUCAGCUCAUAUUCAUCAAAAUCAUCAUUAGUUUCUGGAAAUGAUAAGCUACAAGAAAAAGUAUUCUCUUUUACAGUUUCAUGCCUUAUAAACUCAUGUGGGUUGUCCCCAAAACUGGCUCUCUCUGCUUCCAAGAGUGUACAGUUUGAUAACCGAGAAGGACCAGACUCAGUUCUUAAUGUUCUAAGAAACCCUGGAUUCUCUGAUGACCACAUCUCCCAACUUGUUAGGAAACGCCCAAAGCUGCUCUCAGCCAAUGCUGAGAAGACCGUUGUGCCCAGUUUCUCAGUUCUGUUGGCCUUUCAGGCACUGGCCUUUUUCGGGUCCUCUAUUCCAACCCAAAUAAAGUUCAAGGAAAAUAUCAAGAAGGUCACGGGUAUGGGAUUCGCCCCUUCAUCUGCGACAUUCAUGAAAGCACUCCAUGUGAUUAGUCUGACGGAUGCAUUAACAUGGGAUCAAAAGAUGGAAGUAUAUAAGAAGUGCGGUUGGACUGAAGAUGAUUUCUUGUUGGCGUUUAGAAAGAAUCCCUUUUUUAUGAGCUUAUCAUGUAAGAAGUUUUCGAGUAAAAUGGAUUUUCUUAUGAUGGGUUGGCAACCGGCAGAUGUGGCUCGAAAUCCAAGUGUUCUAACUUAUAGUUUGGAGAAGUGGAUCAUACCUAGGUGUUCGGUUAUUAGAGUUCUGCUGUUGAAGGGCUUGAUCGUAAAGGGAGAAUUUUCUGUAGGUACCAUUAUGAUUCCCGAAAAGUACUUCUUGGAUAGGUUUGUGAUCAGAUAUCAAGAGCAAGUACCUGAAUUACUGCACAUCUUUCAAGGGAAAAUCGGUAUUGUGGAACACUCUGCUUUGGAUUUUAGGAAUGAAGUGGAGUGAACCAAUUGUAAGACAAAGCUUGUUAGUUUUGUACUUAAAUAUAUGAUUAACUGGAUGAUAAGAACUACUUAUUCAUUGUAAGUUCUGCUGCCACAAAGAGUUAGAUCUUGCUCUACUUCGAAUAUUACAAUAGAAUGUCUUUUUUUAUGUUCUGUUUUGUAAAUAAUGAUUCUCAUACACCUAUGCAGAACCAUGUAUUUUAAAAAAAAGUGAUUUGGAAGGUAUUAAUUUCUAAUGGCAUUCUCAUUA